AAAAACCAGUUGCUGACACAGUACCUACAAAAUUGGAAUCUAAUGCUUCUACAACUUGGAUACCAACAAAAUCGAGGAUAAAUAAAACACUGUCAUCACUGUCAUCAUUGCACGAAUCAUUCAGCGAGCCUAAUCUGCUUAAGACUAAUUCUAGAUUACGAUCUAUAGCAGGAAAACAUUUUAAAAGAUUCGAUGAUUUGCGAAGUAAUAAUAAAAACUCGACUGGUUCUGGUAAUGUGGGAGAUUCUACCGAUGAUUAUUCUGCUGAUACUUCGAUCACAAACACACCAGCUUCAAAUUCAUCCACUUCAACACUGAAAAAGUGGAGUAAUAGUGUUUCAAUGCGCAGAAGAACAGCGUCGUUAGGGAUUGCUUCGAUACUAACAAAUCACAAUCAUCGCGAUUCAAGUUCAUCAACUCCUACUAGCUCUGUUGCGUCGAUUAACUCGACAACGUUAGAGAAAGACAAUUCUGAUUCUGAUUCUAUAAUAUUGACCGAAAGCUCUUCGCUAUCAUCUGAGGUAGUGGAGACAACACCGACGCCACCGCCAUCCCCUAAAGAUCCACUAGAUUUUAUAUCACCAUCAUUAUAUCCACCUAAUGAAAUCGACACUAAACCAGAACAUUCAUUACAAACAAAUUCAUCUUUCAAAAUUGAUGAUGCAGAUAUUAAUGAUCAAAAAUAUUCUCCAACAAAAGAGAAAACAUUAAACUUCAGCAUGAUGCAAUACGAAGAUGAUGAAAUAUUUUCGAAAGUUGGACCAAUUCUUAAUCCUCCAGUGGAGGAAUUGAAUCAG